CAUUCAGGCUGCCGAAAUUGAUUGAGACACACACAUGUGUUGGUCCAAGUAAACGGUGCACUGGGAGAGUCGUAGAACUGUUUAGUUUUAAAGCUUUCUUGCUGGUUUUUUUUAUUACUUAUUGGCUCAACACAUGCUUUCGUCGUUUUUCUUUCUUACAGACCGUCACAUGAAUUAGAAUUCCGCUCGGUACCUUCACGGAAGGCAAUAGUUUUGCCAUUGCUCUCGGUUCUGAAGGUGAUCUUUCAGAACCGAGAAAAUCAUCCAAAUCGAAGAGCUUAACCGUAUCGAAACCCUGUGUUAAGCGGACAACCAUCAUCGGUGUGUUUGUGUCCGCGUAUUGUUCAUAGUUCUGUGGUACUUGGUGCUCGGCUCUCUACAGUAACAAUAGGUUGUUACAGAAUCUAACCGCCCAAUCGUAGGAAGGAGAAAAGUGUCUCCUUUAGGCAGCAGCCCCGGUAUGAUCAAUCUCUCCACCACGGCUCCGUCACAUGCAUAUGCUUGUCGUACCGGCGGCACCUCGAACGUAGUCAUCAGUCCGAAUGGCGACAUGCGACAGCACUUGUCGGGUACCUCGGCUCGAACAGCAGUAGGCUUUUCUACCGUGGGUGGUCUGGAGCUGCUAGAGCAAGGAUUCGCCGGAAUAAAUGGCUUUCGAAACAAUCGCUUCCAGUACGAAAUACCUACUGUUGGUCAACACUACGGCAAUGCAUUUAACGUUGGAGAUGACGAUGAGGGCGACGAACUGCCGGAGACGAUCAUCGAUCAACAGCACGACGGCAGUGCUACAAUUAGUGAGGCAGAAUCAAUUGCAGAUUCCGGUACCCAGUACCUGGAUGAUCUGUUGGAGGAGCAAUACCUUGACGAGGAUGAUGACGAGGAUGAUGUGCAAAUGUCGCCAGCGGUAGAAGUGAUUUCCAUCGAUCCAAAUUGUAACUACGAUACGGAUGAAGAUGGCAACGCAGAGGAGCACAAAGUAAGCCUCACUGUCGCUAUGACUCAUGCAAUGCGUAGUAGAAGUGCGAGCAACAGUAGCUGUAGCACUAGCAAGAGAAGCGGUCUCCAAUCAAACGAUGAUUCCAGCAGUGAUGAGCAGGAGAAUGACGACGAAGAAAGUAGUGCGGUGGAUUGCGGUGGCGCUUCCGAUGAUGCCAAUGUUGGCGCAUUUUAUGUGCCAAAUUUUGAGCGUCCUCCGCAGCAGUUGCUGGCAGCUGCUGCUGGCCAACGACCACCACACGGACGUCGGAAACGUUCCUCGCACAGCCAGCGGCAAUCUUUCUCGAUGCCGCACUCGCCGGUUGGUGCUGGAGAGAUCGAUGGGUUGCUCGGUAACCUUCCGGCGCAGACGAGUUUUAGUUUCGAAGAUCUCGAUUCGAUCGUCAGUCAGUUUAGCCCGGUCAAAAGAUCGAUUGCGCCGCCAACCGAUUCAAAGACAGACGACGAUGAUGAUCUGGUUGAUGAGCUGCUAGAGGAUGCUGCCAAUUUUAAUCUGACGGCAUACAUAACGGGUGAAGAUGAAUCGAGCACUUCCUGCGAUGUGGUAGGCUUUUAUAAUGAAAACAAACGUUCUAAGAUAGAUAGUGCACCAUCUAAUGGUCCUAGGAAAACAUUGCCCAAAUCGAGGGGAAAGGAAAUACAAGCACUACGGAUGCUGAUGUUGCCGGAAAAGCAUGUCGAUCAGGCAAAUGAUUUGCAGCACAGUACGAAGACUGGCCGGCCGACAAGCACUGCAGGGGAUGUUGUAAACCAGAGAGCAGACGACCACGAAAAGUUGCCUGAAAAGCGUAGCUGCACUGCUAAGGUGAAACGCAUAUUAGCGCCGGAAGACUCGGGCAGUGAUACGGGAGAAGACGAUGAGAACACGUUCUCGGGGUCUCUACCAGAUCACAUCUUCGCCAAAGAAAGGAGAUCAGCACGGAAUGCCAAGAGAAAGGCUUUGGAUGACACUGAAAAGGAUCCAACCUGGAAUCCCAACGGCGUCACUGUGCCCCGACCGUCGAAAGCCGAACCAAAACUGCACGCUCCGAAAUCCACGGCAUCCAACGGUGCGACGGGGUCGACAAGCAGCCAAAGUAAUGUUGACACAAACGGUUCAAAAAUAUCUUCUACGGCGACGAACGUGAAAUCCUUAAAAUUUGGUGCAGACAAUAUUGGGAUAAAAAAGAAGGAGCAUACAACGGAACGCUCCUCCGGUGUGACUACGGUCGUGCCGGCCUCUCACAAAGGUGUUUCACGUGAGCAUAUCGGUUCAUCGAAAAAAGAUGUGCUCCGUAAAAAGACAAACGUUAAGCUUGACCACGACUAUUGCUCGCCUAAGCAUGUUGGGCAGAGUGGUGGCGUACGGAAUGGAGAUGGACCUCCGGGCAGUAACGGUUUGCGCAGAGCGAUAGAAAUUCCAUUUCUACUGCCGACAAAAGAGCAGCAACGUCAAAAAAGGAAGAUGCUAAAGGAUAAAAAACGAAACGAGCGUACGCGCGAGACGAAAGACGACUCGCAGCGU